AUGCCAGCAAUUCCUUUUGUUGCCUCCUUACUAGAGCACGCUCUUGUGCAUCGUGCUACUGCAUCGCUCCCUAACAUGACAGCGACUGCAAGUUCCUCAUCUCUCGAGGUUGUUUGCGCCUGGCCGGUUUCCGGUCAAUAUGGCCCGGGGACCCGACUCCUAUACUAUGUCUUGAUUGCAGCCUGUGUGGCCAUUCGCAAAAUACAAUGGUUUAGGGAAGCUUGUGUGUCCGCUAUAUUACUUCUCCCUGCUGUCGCGGCUUUCCACGCGAUUGUGCUUGCUGCGCUUCAUGUCGACGGCGCUGUCGAUAUGGAUGUCUAUGGGGCAUUCCAGCUGUGCGCAGUUGGCAUCCUAACCUUUCCAGUGACCGUCAGGCUAUCCAGGGACUACUUCAACGACCUUGGCCGUCGGGUCGUCUUUCUAUGGAACGUCCUUCUCUUGGCUGGGCUAGUGAGCUUGACUGUGGAAUUUAUGCGCCUCAGUGUCACUACUUGCUCAAGUGACGAUCCGGCAAGCAUUUCCUGGGCCGCAAAAGGUGGUGUGUUUAGCUAUGGCUCCAACUGUAGCGUUGCUUGUACCCCAGAAAAUGGGCCUGUCUCACCAUUGCGACUAGAGGUAGCCGACAAUCUCUACGUGGUUCCAGUGCCUCAUGAGCUGUCAGCCAAUGCUAGUACACUCAUUGCGGCAGGAUGCUGUAUCCCUGCCAUCCGGUCGUUGGUAUCCACGUUGCUCCAAAUCUUGGACGAGAAGUUCUCGAAUGGAAAAAAUAAGCAGAAGCCAGAUGAACCCAUUCAGGGAACCAACGGGGCUACGAUCAGCCAUAUGACUGGAAUUAACCAGAAGACAAAAGCCUGGUUAGCUCUAGUCGAGAUACCGGUGUUUGCUGCAGCAGCGCUUGCAGUUAUCGUCAAAGGCGAGAUGAACUUUUGGAGUGCGCAAAUGAAGUACCAAACAGAGCCUAUGCAAAGCGUUGGUCAAUGGGCGCCAGUUGUUGGUACUGCACUCGCUAUAUUAGGAUCUGUU